AACAGAGCUAUUUCACAUGUUGUCGUGGUGUAGGCCUAUUUGAAUUUGGAAAGCUUGUCGAAUCCAGAGAAUAAUUUGGAAAUUGUAGUUCUGAUAACUUGACAAUGUCAGGUGGAACUUGCCAGCAUUGUGGUUGUAGUGAGAUUGACACUGAUCCAGCACGAGGAGAUGCUGUUUGUACAAAUUGUGGCUCGGUGCUUGAGGAUAACAUAAUUGUUGCUGAAGUUCAAUUUGAAGAAGGUACUCAUGGAGCAUCAAGGGCUAUUGGUCAGCUUGUUUCAUCAGAAGGGCAUUCCUCAGGUGGACUUAAUCUUGGUUACCAACAUGGAAUGGGAAGAGAAUCAAGGGCAAUUACACUUCAGAAAGCUCGAAGAAAAAUAGUGCAAGUUGCUGAGCAGCUGCGUUUAAAUCAACAUUGCAUCGAUACUGCCUACAACUUUUACAAGAUGGCUCUUUCACGCCAUAUGACAAGAGGAAGAAAACAAUCCCAUUUAAUUGCUGCAUGUAUAUACAUGGUUUGCAGAAUCGAAGGCACUCCACAUAUGCUUCUGGAUUUGAGUGAUGUUCUGCAAGUCAACGUCUACGAACUGGGAAAAACCUACUUAAGAAUUUCAUCAGCAUUGUGCAUCAAUAUUCCAGCCAUUGAUCCUUGCCUUUACAUUGUAAGAUUUGCACAUAGAUUAGAAUUUGGUGAGCGCACUCAUGAAGUCUCUAUGACAGCACUAAGAUUAGUACAAAGAAUGAAACGAGACUGGAUGCAUACUGGUAGGAGACCCUCUGGAUUAUGUGGUGCAGCCCUUCUAGUUGCAGCUCAUCUUCACAAUUUUAAUCGAACUGUGAAAGAUAUUAUAAAAGUUGUGAAAGUUUGUCAAGCUACUCUCAAAAAGAGGUUAACAGAAUUUGGAGAUACACCAUCGAGUAAGUUAACAAUAGAAGAGUUUAUGACUAUUGACUUAGAAGAAGAACAGGAUCCUCCUAGUUUUAAAGCUGCUCGCAAAAAACAGAAAUUACAACAGUUGGAUGACCAAAGUAAAGAAGAAAUGUCAAGUAAGAUUUCGCAGCUCCAAAAGACCAUAGAAAGGGCCCUAGAAGAAAGACAGCGGAUACUUAAAGGACCAUACUCCAAAUAUGCUAAAUUUUCUGAAGCUACCACUCAAGAAGAGGAAGAGGAAGAAGUUGAUUCUGUCAGUUCUGAAAGUCAAAUUGCCUCUCAGUUUGUUUUAGAAGAAACUAUUGAAUCAAUUAAUGAAUUUGUAAAUGGGGUAGAAGAGGCCCCUGCUAGAAAACUGUUGCAGCCAGAUACUGCAAACCAGGAAGAAGCAAAAUUGAUGAAACUUCAAGGCAUAGAGACAAAUUACACAACAAAUACCUCAGAAACUUUUAAACAUCAAAGAGAUAGUUUAUCAUCUGUCAAAAAAUCUUUAAGGCCUACAGCAGCCAGUAUUGGUUUAAAAGAAUCCAUUGAAGAAUGUAUGAAAAUUAAAGAUAGCCCAG